CUCAUCCUACAGCCGUGUGCACCAUCUACGCUUCUUUUUGGUUGAAAUGUGCACCAUACUAUAGGUUAAAAUUUAAUGUCGCAAAACUGAAAUAUCCAAUGGACCAAGCUGCUUGUCUCUAUCUCCUCUUGUCCGCGGUGAGAUUUACAGAUCACUAAUAUUACUUCAAGAUUUGAACUUUCUGGGUAUCCGAUAAAUCUGCACAGUAGGAAUUAGAAAACGGAUGUGGUUGACUCAGUGAGUCCGAGUUAGGGUUUCAUCUUCAAAAUUUUCGAAGUUUGUGUGGGUCAUUUGAAUGUGAGUUUUGGUAAUAGAUGGAGGCUUACAAGAACUGGAUUCGGCAAAACAAGGACUAUGUUCACUCCUUAGAGUCUCUUGCUAAUGGAUUGACAUGGCUCCUUCCUGAACGCUUUUCAGCUUCAGAAAUUGGUCCAGAAGCAGUCACAUCGAUACUGGGCAUAAUUACAGCAAUUAAUGAAUAUAUAAUCGAGACAACACCAAAUCCGACUCAAUGGCGAGUGCCCUCAUUGUCAUCGUCGUUUCCUUUUCCAUUGUGUAUAUCUGCUAUGAAGGAAGUAGAGACAUUGGUUGAAGUUGUGGCACAACAAUUGUAUGGCGAUGACCAAAAGUGGAACUUUAUCUUGAUUACAGAAGCCUCUAAGGCUUUUCUGAGGUUAGCAUUGUUUCGAGAUAAUGGUUACAAGAUGCUCUUACAUGGUGGUGAAACGCCAAACAUCAAUGAUCCCUCUUCUCCCCAUGAUAAUCUUGGAGAUGUUGUGAAACCUGGUGGAGUUCAGAGGCCGGGAUACCCCAACAAUCAUUAUGUACAAAAUCCUUGGAAUCGUGAAGGGAUUGCUCUUGCUGCAUUGAAUAGGUUUGGUGAAAAUGCUAGGAUGGUUUAUGAUCCAAGGUGGCUAAAAAGGACCCAACAACCUCAGACAUUCACAGAUAAUCCAAUUUCGGCAAUACAAAGGCCAACAAUUUCUUCAAUAUUGUCUGAGAAGGGUCUUCGUGGGGGCUUGUUUCUGAUGGGAGAAACACUUUUUAUCUUAAGGCCACUCAUUUAUGUAUUUUUUAUCAGAAAAUAUGGGCCACGUUCGUGGAUACCAUGGUUCAUUUCACUAGGAGUAGACCUGGUUGGUCUGAGCGCUACCUCACAAGCAACAAAAUCAAAGGGAGGGACAAGCGCACAGAAGGAGAUUCAUCUUUCUGUAGCUGAAAAGGAUGAGUUAAAAAGGCGGAAAGUGUUGUGGGCAUUGUAUAUUAUGAGAGAUCCAUUCUUUUGCACUUAUACCAGGCAAAGGCUUGAAAGUACGCAAAAGGCGUUAGAGCCUGUUCCUGUUAUUGGAUUACUGACAGAAAAACUAGUGGAGCUUAUUUUGGGAGCACAGACACGGUAUACUUAUAUGUCAGGGUCAUAGUGCUGUAGAUGAAGGCUGCUGCCUUUUUUUUCCUUUUACUUCUUGAUUCUAGUAGGCUUGUAUCAUUUUUUUCAUUUGCUAUGUACGAAAGUUCCUCCCCCUCUAUGUUGUUUUGUGAUUUAAAGUGACAUGACAAAUGUUCAAGUGCGUAUACUGGUAUGAUUUAGCAAUAACGAGUGCUUGUGUUUAUCA